CAUGUAGAAUAAGAGUUAUGCCACGUGACCACCGUGACAGCGUGCUUCACGUUUGACGUCAUCUAAAGCCUGUACAGUGGAGUUAUUAAAACAAUGUUAUCGUGUGAAGACCUAAUAACAAAUCUGCAAGGCUGUGUGGUCACCGAGGAUCAAGCACCUGAACAUGUCAACCAAACACUCAGGCUUUUCAGUGAAAAACUCUCUGAAUCCUCCAGGAGUAGUGUGAAAAGAUGUAAGGAGCGAUGUUUAGAGGAGGCUCUCCAGCUGCUGAGACGCAUUUCCGAGGAUCAGCUUGGUGUUUUGGAGGAGUCUCAUAUCCUGCUCCUGGUGAGACUUCUCAUCUCCAUGCAGCUGAAGAUGGUCAACAUCUCCACAGCCUGUCGUAAAGUAGACCAGAUGUUGCAACAUUUGGCAAAGGUGGACCACCAGUUGGUUUUUAGAGAAACCCAUCACUGUUUGCUCUCUAUAGUCCAUAAUGAACAGGUACUGUCUUUUGAGGAUCUGCAGAAAGCCUGUAUGUUCCUGGAAGACAGCACUAUUGGUCGUGAUAUUUGGCGAGAGUCAUUCCUGGUUCUGCUGAACAAAGUGUCUGAGUUUUUCUCCUUUGCAUUGCAACAAGACUCGCUGAGAGAUGGACCUCUGUGUUACAUUGCUGUCAAGAUGUGUUUGCAAGUGUUCCAGCUGUUGUCCAGUCAAGUGGCUCCUCUGGUGUGGGACGGGGAGCAUGGGGACCCGACAGUGAGGAAGAUCCUGCAGGCUCUUAUGGACAUAAUACUUGGACAGUGCUGCAACAGGGACACUCGUCUUUUGGCAGGAACUGCUGUGGCCAUGCUGAUCAACACGGCUUCAGAGAGGCGCUGUGGAGAGGCUGCUGCCUGGAGUCUGCUGCAGGUCUCUCACUCAGAGCCCUGGCUGCUGACGGUCGGUGCUCUGCAGGUUCAGUGCUGCCCUGCAGGGAGCGACGGAGUGGACCGACUGGCUGUGAGCAGAGGCCUCCUGACCUGCUGUCGACCUCACAUCUUGCUCAGUUCACACGUGGAUUUCACAGAAAUGUGUUUACUGCAGAAAGAGUUGUUUCCUCUGGUCUAUGCGCUGUGUGAGGAGAAGCUGGACUGUCACUACUUUGCUUUUGAAGCAUUAACACUGUGGCUGAAGAGAGUUAAAGAAUGUCUUGCUGAUAUCUGGAAGAUGACGGGUGCUCGCCUUCUGCCUGACAACAGCAAGCUGCAGCAAGAGCUCAUUCACAUUAUCUGGACCAAUGCAGAGAGUCCUGUGGAAGGUGUUUCAGAUUUUGUGCGCAGUGCCUUUUGUCUUCUGCUGGACCUCUAUGAGAUGGACUGUCAGCAGUAUGGUGACACAAAGAAGACUCUUUAUUUGACCCUCCUUCAGCGGAUAAUCAAACUACCCUGGGAAUCCAAAGCCAAAUAUCAUCGCCUUUGUGCCCUGCUGCCAUUUCUGGGGACUGACAUGGUGCUGGAUCAAUACGCUGAAAUACCAAAUCAUCUCCUGAAGUGCUUGUCGACCAAUCACCUGUCACCGUGUGGAUCGGAGCUUUACAAGUGUCUGAUCCAGCAGCAGAGGCGGGAGCUGUGUGACGGCUCAGCGAAGUCCACCUCACACAUCGAGCUGGAUCUGGCCAAUCAGUGGGCGAGGCGCUGGCGGCCCGUCCUCCAUGAGGCUCUGAUGUCCCAUGUGACUCUUCUACAGAACCACAGCUCCACACAGUUAUUACCCUUCACCUUUCAAGUCUUCCCCUCUGCUGUGGAUCCUUUGCUGGACUCUCUGGACCCAUGUGACCCCGGCCACCUCCACGCCUGGGCCUGCAUCGUGAGCUCUUAUCGGGCCACGACUGGAAGCUCUCCAUGGGCUCUGCAGGGAAGCUCCACCUUUAAAACCCUCCAGCUUGCUCUAGGUUCUGCGGAGGACAAAGUCCGACUCGCUGCUCUGAACGUCCUCUGCUGCAGCCCGAAGACAAAAGAUACUCCGACCGCGGAGGAGAUGUCAAUAAUGAAGAUAUUCAUCCCUCAGAACCUAAACUGUGAGUCCUCGCCUUUUCGCCAACAUUUUCAGACUGCAGUGAAGAGGUUUCUGAUUCGUAUCAGAGACGGCUGCUUGGCUCAUGUAAAAGGACAGAAGGGGAAAAAGAAAGGAGAAGACAUCCACUCACAGGGGGAACAGGACAUACUGGAGCAGGGAAUAGAGUUUGUAGAUUGGUUGGGUCAACUUCCGUACUGCUAUCUGGCACCAGGACACAGUUUUCAGAGGAAGAAGACUGCGCUGCUGCUGCUGUGUGCCGUGCUGGAGACCUGCACAGACACCUGGAGCCCAGACAAGAAGAAGGGUCAACCUCCAGCGAAUAUGGGGUCUCUUAUUAAAUGUGCCAGAGCAAGAGGACGGUGGGAUUUCGUCUGCAGGAGAAAACAGCUGGUCCUCAUCAGCGGUUUAGAAGAUUCUACAAAUGAGAUCCGUGAGCUCUCAGCUGAGUUAUUGUUGAGGUUCUUCCCACCUAGUCUUCCACACGACAUCGCUGCGGUGCUGCACGCGAGAACCAAACAGCUUCUGUGCAGCCCCCGGGUGCACGAGGCUCAGAUGGCAGCAGUGAUGAUGAAGCUCCUCCAUCAGAAAUCACAACACCAGCCUGAAGCCUGCAGGUUGAACAGUGAAGUCAGCGGGGGUGCCUGCAUGGUCACACUUCUAGUGAAGGAGCUGGAAGAGCACUAUUUGACAGCCAAGGCAGACAUGAUGCUUGCUGCCAAAACCAAGCCUAUACAUGGUGUUCUGAGUGCCCUCCAGAGGUGUUUGCUCGAGGCCCCCGGCAGUGUGUAUGACACACUCGACCACAGUCUGACCAUUGAGGUGCUGCUGCUGCUGGAGAAUAUGUCUCUGCUGCUGCUAGGUGUUCUGUAUGGAGACCAAGAUGCUUGCGCCAUUGAAAAAGAUGCGCCCCCUUCUCUUUAUGAAAUGGGAAACGCAAUCAGCUCUCUGAUAGCCCAAGAGUCAGGAGGAGGCCAGGAAGAGGGAGAGGAGUGUGUCCUGAUUUCUGAGGAGACCAGUCUCGUUCUCACCUGCUGCUGGGUCUCCCUCAAGGAUAUAGGAAUCUUUUUAGGUUCUCUGGUGGCAACAAUUCUGACUGAAUCAAAACCCAGCAAGUGCCUUUUGACAAAAGAGGAUCUAAAGAGGGCAUCAGGAGUGUUCAAGAAUAUUCUUCUCAAAUGUCGUCACUGGGGGGCAGUGGAGGGAUGCUGUGCAGGCUUCACCAAAUUCUGUGCCUCUUUAUUGAGCAGCAGUGAUCCAGAGCUGAGGGAUAUCCCAGCCCACAUGCUGAAACAGGGAUUGCAGGUUGUGCGUUCCCCUCGCUCGACCUCUGUGACCCGCCGAGCUGCAGGGCUGCCGAUGCUCAUCCUGUGCGUCGUGUCAGCAGAGGAGGCCGGUAAAUCGAGGCCACUGUUAGCUCUCAGUAUGCAGACCUUACUGGAGACAGCCAAAUGCCCUUUACCCGCGGACUUGGACCAAACACUAGACCUGCCACAGGUGUGUGCGGUCCACACUCUGCAGGCCCUGGUUCGGGGGUCUGCUCUGGGAGAAGCUGUCCUUCAGUUUGCUCCUGCUGUUGUCAUCCUGUCUCUCACUCUGCUCAGGUCUCCCUGCUGGGCCAUGAGGAAUGCUGCGCUGCAACUAUACAGUUCUCUGUGCUCGCGGAUGCUCGGCCAGCGGCCCAGCAAUGACGAAGGAGUUUCUGCUCAGCAUGGCUUGUCCCCCCUCACCUUCUUCUUCCACUACCCUGCACUCCAGCCCUUUCUCCUGGGCGAGUUAAGGGGGGCAGCACGAGACCUCCAGGGGCCACAAACUGAGGCCAAGCUCCACCUCCAACCCUCGCUCUUCCCUGUCCUCACUUUGCUAGCCCAGCUCCAGCCUGGUGUCCAAGACUCAACCAAAACUUUGUCAGACUUCCUGCCUCCUUUGCUCCAGCUGUCUGCCAGUCCUAUCUACAGUGUAAGAGUGAUGGCCUCAAAGGCUUUGGUUGCCAUGACUCCCCCCUCGGAGUACAUGAACAUCCUCCUCAGACUGAGCGCUGAGCUGCCUCAGGAGCGCUGCUGUCCUCAGGAGCGCUGCUGUCACAACCGGCUCCACGGACAGCUGCUGCAGAUCAGAGCCACUCUGGAGAGAGCGCUCUGCCCCGUCAGUGCCCCCCCAGCGGACCUGUGUGAGGUGGUGCGCAGGGUGGAGGCCUCCAUGUGGCUGGUGACGGGGGCUCAGCGCUGCCCCCUAGUGAGGGCGGCUUACAUCGCAGUGGCAGACUCACUAAGGAGCCUCCUCUCUGAGACCUUCCUGUCAAAGCUCAGUGACACACUCCAGUCUGACCUCCUAACACCCCAACAGCAACUUCAGGUUGGGUUGUCCUCCUUCCAUCAACAAGCCAUCCACUCUCUAUGUGCAGAUCAGAAGCGAGCGUGUCAAAUCUGGGAAAACUUCUCUGCAGCGAGCCCUGAUCUCAGGCUCUCAUUGGUCACGUGGGUGGUGGAUGAGCAGGGUUUGCAGCAGAGCGGCUCUAAAGAGGUGAUCCGGAGGGUUCUGCAGUCAAACCUUAAGGAGGCGUUGUUGAGCAGCAGAGUGGAGUACCGCAGGAUCUACCUCACAGCCCUGGUGGCAGUGAUGGCCGGAGGCGACUCUACUCAACAUCUCCCUCACUCGGCCACACCGGAGGAGCCAGUGCUGCCUGAGUGUCUGGAUUUGUUGCUCGGGGACCUGGAGGACAUGAGAGGAGGGCCCGAGUUCUUGUCCUUGGCUUUGUUUGUUGCUAGUCUGCUGCUUUCCCAGUGUUCAGACUCAAGUACAAGGAUGUCCGUGUCCCAGCGCUGGUGUAACAUUUUGGAAAGCCACCGAUCCCCAGCAGCCCCUGAAGUCCUCAGGAUUGCGUGUGCUGAAGCUCUAUGUGUGGCUGGAGUUCCUCUAAUGAGCCACAGCACUCCUCCUGCCAUCAUGAUCAGGUUGAUCCACACAGGCGUUUACUUGCUGCAAGACCAAAACCAGCAGGUGAGGAUGAAAGCGGCCAGUUUUACCUCCAUGCUGCACCAUGCGAGGACAGCAGUAAGCCAGCGGAGCGUCUACUUGAUGCAGGUCAACCAGGCUCUGCCGUUGCUCCUGGACCUUCUCCUGGAGGAAUGCUGGGAUACUCCCGGCACAUUGGAGGUGCUGCUCUGUCACCUGCCUCAGUCCAACCUCAGAUCUGUGCUGAAAGAGGCCUCAGAGGCAGGGAGUUCAACUCUGUAUGAGCAGGAUGAGGCCAAUGUGUUUGCAGAGCCCUCUGUGAUGUCUGCACAUGUGCUGCCCUACCUGCUGCAGAUGGUAGAAAGAUCCUCUGAAUCCCCUGCUGUGGCUCAGAGCCUGAGUGCCUGGGCAGAGGGAGGGGCUGCACAGCUGCUGGACAGCCUGGCAGUCUGCAAAGAGAUCCAGCCAGCCGAGACAUUGACCCGGUCCUGGCUGGCUCUCCUCACGGACCCCCGUUUCCACUGGGCCCUGAGUGGCCUACUCACCAGGGCGGCCUUUCUUCUACGGCUGGUGAAAACAUGUGAGGAUCUACGACACCUCUGUGACCCUGCAGCAUUGCAAAUGAGUUUGCAGGAAGUGUGUAGUGUGCUCAGUGUAAACGGUGUCCACUUUCCCUCAGCUGUGACAGCUGCUGUGGCUGGAGAGCAGCCAAUAUGACGAGGGGCAUCUUCUGUACAAUCUGUGACCAAAGCCACAGGGAUAAGAUUACCUGUGGAUAUUUUAAGAAUGCUUAUGACAUUUACAUGUGCAACACUAGUAAUGAAUGAGUAGUGCAACCGCUGAUGCUGCAGUACACCAGAAUAAGGCAGGCUGACGGUUAUGUAAAAGCUCAGUUGCUGCAGGUGCUUCUCUUGUAUAAAUCAUCAUAUGUGCAUACACAAACAGAGACGCCCACAGGGCCCAAGGUGCUGUGUUCCUGAUCAGUUCUUGUUUUAGCUACAGUGCUUGAUUUUAUAAUAUGACUUUUUCUAAAGCUUUAUUCAGUUUAUAUAAUGAAGCUUUUUUAUACAGAGAUACAGCCAUCUAAAUAGAAUGAAUAUUUUGUAUUAUUAGAACAGCUCCAGGUCUGUCCUUAUAAUCACCAUCACUUCAAAGCGAUGCCCAGAGGCCUGUACUACGAAGCCGGUUCAACCUAACCUGGAUAUGUUUGAGUUAGCCGGUUGGCCUAACCCAAAACAUACGCGCUCUCGCUAAACUGUACUACGACGCGGGUUAUCAAGUGUAUCGCUCAAACCAGCCGUGUCCUAUCUAGUUAGGUGCGCGUUCACAUGAAAGGGGUGGUAUUUGGAGCAUUCGACCAAUCACAAACAUGGACAAGCCUA